AUUAUAUUUAGUUAUCUUAUCUUGAAAGUCGUUAUCAGUCAUAUUCACAAAAUGAAAUAAUGGAAAGGUCUGGUGAACAGUACACGUCUAUUACCGAUUUUACUGUCGUUUCCGACUCAGCCCUGCUUCGUUAAUAAAACUUUGAAUCAUGAGUCUGUAUUGGGUACCAAAGUCCAACGGAGAAUAUGUGGAAUCUGGUGGAGUUCACGCAGGUACUGAUUCCGGCAACGAACUAUUCGUUGCACGAGCCUACCAUGAAGGAGCCGUUGUACCUGGAAAACUGCAUGUUUCUCAUUCUUCCGUCUAUAUUCCAUAUAACAUGGCCGAAGUUCCCGUUCAAAAUUAUGAGGUUCUUGUUGCACCUGUUGGUGCCUUGAGUUGGAUCGAUGGUGAGGGUGGCGGUGUUCCAAGCAAUGCUGUCGUAGGUGGUCAAACGAAUGAUGGGGAGACUUUAUAUAUUGGACGUGUUGUUCAUAACGGAACGGUGACUGUAGGAAAAAUUCAUCCUAGUCAUGGCGUUUGCUACUUUCCAUAUGGAGGAGAGGAGCUAAAUUCCAAUUUAUACGAGGUUUUGGUUAAGAAUGCCUUUGGCAGACACUUGGGGCUGUGAAGUGGCAAUUAAGAGUGAACUCUGCUGAGAUUACAGAAAUUUGUUAUAAUCAAACUCUAAUCUGUCAGAAAUUAAUUUUCUGUCUGGUAAUGGUGAUUGCACGCUUUAAAUAAAUUAGUUCUC